AUGAAGUCUCAAUCCGCAUCGGCCAACCUCAAACGCAGCAGCCAACCUAUUUACAUGAACGGUCCAUUUGACAUCAUAGCCCGUCUUCCGCCGGUCAUUCCGCAAGGCUCCAAUUACGGUCAACUCCCGUUUGAGACCAGCCUUGGUUUCAUUGAACGUUCGACGUUACAAGAAGUCAACAUAGGCAUUCACGCUUGCGGGUAUGGGUCCAUCGCCACGUCGCUGCAACCCGACCGUGUUUAUGUGUUGUCCGGCCGCUUCCUCAUCCGAAAUAGCGUUCCCACCCCCAUCUUUCACUUCCAACAGGAAACUGCAAUGAACGUAGGCGAGAGCAAGAAUUUCAUGACGAUGUUGGCAAACAAGGUCACAGUCAAAGGUUUUGGAUUAAUUGUCGACCGUAUGGAAGUAACGAACACUACGCCAGGCAACGCUACCUCUACAAGCCUCCAUGUCACUUUACAGCACUAUGAUUACGAUAAUUUAGCCAAGGAGAAAAUUGAAUUCCAUGCCACUUACAUCGUCCCAGGCAACAAGAUCCUCGGCAAAACAUUUGUUCAGUUUGUGGUUGGCAACGAGAUCAUCAUCGAUGCCCACGUUCACGGAUACAAUGAAGAAACUAACCGAUGGGAAUUCAUUGUCGGCGGUAUGGCGCAUCCCAGCAACCAAGGAUCAACUCCCGCCUCAACUCCUGCGUCCACUCCUGUCAACAACCAUGCUAGGCGUCCCGGUUUUUACGGCAGCCCCGUUGCCAGCGGAUCCGGUAGUCACUCCAGGUCGACUACGGUUCAGUCCGGUAAUGAAACAAGUCCCACUUUGCAACCCGAUCGGCUUACUGGGGGACCGCUUUUCCAUAACACCGGCUCAGCUCCACCCCACGAGCACCGCCUCCAGUCUCCUGUCCGUCUCAACCGACGCAACUCCACCGAAGAUGGUGAAGUGGCCGAAAACCCAACCAGUCCCCGGGUCGGCAAUUCAUUUGGCAGCAAAGGUCCCAAGCGGACCAGCGAGUUGAAUAUCCUUAAGGAAGCUGGCAAGCGCGCCAAGAACCUUCCCUAG